AGUGUGUGUGUGUGAGAGAGAGAGUGAGAGAGAUUAACAGGCACAAUUUUUUGGCAGUGGGCACAGUGGGUUGAGAGGGUGGAAAGCAAGUAAAUAAUCGAGCGAUAGGCAGAGAGGACUGGACAGGAGAGAGGGAACAGGGUGACUAAAGAGAAGAGAGGAAGGAAGACUCGUGUCCAUUCUGAGAUUCUUCAUAUUUCCCUCUUCUUGUUCUUAUUCUGUACUGCUCUUGUUCCUUCAUUCUUAAAGCAACUCUCUCUCUCUCUCUCUCUCUGCCUUUCUAACCCUCUGUCUCUUAUGGCUGCCUCUGCCUCGUCUCUGGAGGACGACUUGACGUGCAGCGUGUGCUGCGACAUCUUCCGGGGGCCCGUGCUGCUGGCCUGUGGCCACAGCUUCUGCCGCGAGUGCCUGAACGCAAGCUGGAGGUCCAGCCCGGGCCGCCGCUGCCCCAUCUGCCGCCACUCCUCGCCCCAGGAGCCCCUCCUCAACAUCAGCCUCAGGAGCACCUGCGAGUCCUUCCUGCAGCAGCAGCAGCAGCAACAGCAGCAGAGAGAUGCCGAGGCCCAGAGGAAGGAGAAGAAAGAGGAGGAGGAGAAGGAGGAAGAGGAGAUGACCAGGCUGUGUCCUGAGCACAACCAGAGGCUGGCGUUUUUCUGUGAGAAGGAACAACAGCUCGUGUGCUCACAGUGUAAGAAGAACCAACACAAAGGCCACCGUGUCCUGUCCAUACAGAAAGCAGUGAAGGAACGCAAGGCAAAACUGGCAACAGCAAUGACACCACUGAAAAAGAGACUGGAUUUGCUUACAAGUGGCACCACUCAAAGCUCCAAUGGCAUUAAGGAAAUUAAGAGCCAAAUUGAGGACACGGAGAGGAAGAUGAAGAAGGACUUUGAGGAGCUCCAUAAGUUCCUAGUGGACGAGGAGGCAGACAGACUGAGCGUGCUCAGACAGGAGGCGGAAUCCUGCAGCAGCGCCAGGAAGACCAAGACUGACGGAAAGAUUUUCAACCUCUCACGGAAACUGAAAGACCUGGAGGAAAAGAUGGAGGCAAAAAAUGCCAUUGGAUUCCUGCAGAACUUCGACUCUAUCCUAAACCGAGCACAGUCUCCGGAGCCAGAAUUUGACCUACCACCCUUCUCAGGCGUUCCAUCUAUGAGUUUCAUUGAAUCCCAAUUGAAUAUCAAUGUGGCCAGACACCUGGGGAAUCUGAAAUUCAGAGUCUGGGAGAAGAUGAAGGGGAGAGCACCAUACUAUCCGCUGACCCUGGACCCAAAUGCACACCUCUGCUUCCUGACUCUGUCUAACGACCUGACCAGUGUCAGCAGGGUGGACAAAGAGUGGUGCCUCUGCCCGGUGCCGGGGUCAGAGGGCAUCGCCGACGACAACUUCCACUCCUGGGACGUCGACGUGGGAGAUAAAGAUGCAGAGUGGAUGCUGGGACUGAUGACCCACAGAUUCAUACACGGCCUCCUUCCUGUUUGUCCAGAGAUAGGCUUCUGGGCCGUCCAGAGAUCAGGUGGUGAGUUCCAGGCCCUGACCGCGGUCACAUCGGUGACUGGUCUGCACUUGACCAGGAGACCCCGUGUGGUGCGGGUGCAGCUGUGGCGACCUUUGACCCUGAGGGAUCCGCCAAGCCGGAGCGUGAGGUUUCUGGACGCCCAGAACGGCACAGAGAUUUUCAGGUACGACGGCGUCCCGUGCCAAGUGCCCGUCUACCCGUUCCUUUUCCCCACAAAGAGGCCGUCCGAGCUCAGGCUGAUGCCCGCGGAGGUGACCGUGACCGUGAAAGAGGAGGCCAGCUUCAUGCAGAAACAUGCCACCACAUGCAGGACCUUUGCCACCACAUUCAUGACCUCUGAAUUCAUAACCUUCACCCUUUUUGCCUUUCUACUUUUUACCAUUCUCUUUUUUGCCAUCUUUUCACAAGAGCUCAGUUCACAUAGAUAAUAUGAUGAUGAUGAUGAUAAUAAUAAGCUUUAUUUGGAUAGCACCUUUCAUACAUAGAAUGCAGCUCAAA